AUGCAUUUCCUCAUCCCCCUAAUCCCCUUCCUUCUUUCGGCUAUAACCCUAUCCCAGGCCGCUCCCACAGGAACCAGUAUCAACACCAAUACCAUCAGCACCACCAGCCUACCCGUCGGAGCCAUAAUCACCCACUGUACUAUCCCAGGCACAAUCGCCCUCACUUUCGACGAUGGCCCGUACAUCUACACACCCCAGAUACUAGACACUCUCGCCGAACACGGCGCAAGAGCAACCUUCUUCCUCAACGGCCAUAACAGAGGAAACAUCCAUACAUCACCCGACGUAGUGCAGCGCACAUUGGCAGAAGGACACCAGCUGGGGUCUCAUACAAACCUUCAUGCGCAUCCUUGGUUUCUUCCCGACCUACAUGCGUCCCCGUUCCUCAGACAUACGCCCGUCGUCCUGGGCGCUAUGGCCGAUCUGGGAUACCAUGUUAUUGGGGCUAGCGUUGACACGAAGGACUAUGAGAAUGAUAAUCCUGAUACAAAUUGGGUUAGUUUCGAGAAGUUCUUGAGGGAGGUUGAUGCUGGUGGAACCAUUGUGUUGGCGCAUGAUUCGCAUCAGCAUACGGUUGAGAUCUUGGUGGAUAAUAUGCUUGCGAAUGUUGAGAGGAGAGGGCUGAGUCCUGUUACUGUUGGCGAGUGUCUUGGUGAUCCGUCUGAGUAUUGGUAUCGUACUGGGAGAUAA